AUGCACCCCUGUCUUGUAGAAACAGAGAGUGUGUCUUUGUUACAAGAAGAAAUCACCAUCAUCACCAUGGCAUCUUCAACCUUUCCAACAGUGAACAAAUGCACCUCCAUUGGUAGAGAAAAGCACACAGUAGUAGCAGACAUGGAUGGAACCUUACUAAUAGGUCGUAGUUCUUUUCCAUAUUUUGCUCUUAUAGCCUUUGAAGUUGGUGGAGUUCUUAGACUUCUCAUCUAUCUCCUAGCUUCACCAAUAGCCGCGAUUCUCUACUACUUCAUCUCUGAAUCAGCCGGAAUUCAAGUCCUUGUCUUCGCGUCGAUGGCAGGAAUGAAACUUUCAAGCAUAGAAUCAGUAGCAAGAGCAGUUCUUCCAAAAUUCUAUUCAUCUGACCUUCACCCAGAGACAUGGCGCGUGUUUUCGUCGUGUGGGAAACGCUGUGUUCUCACCGCGAAUCCAAGGAUCAUGGUAGAGCCUUUUUUGAAGGAAUUUUUGGGGGCUGAUAUGGUUUUGGGAACUGAAAUUGCUAGUUAUAAGGGAAGAGCUACUGGAUUGAUUUGUAAACCUGGAAUACUUGUUGGAGAUAAGAAAGCUCAAGUUCUUAAGAAAACUUUUGGUGAUGAAAAGCCUGAUAUUGGACUUGGUGAUAGAGUCACUGAUGCUCCCUUCAUGGCUUUGUGCAAGGAGGGUUACAUAGUACCAGCAAAGCCAAAGGUAACAACAGUGACAAGUGACAAACUUCCAAAACCCAUAAUCUUCCAUGAUGGAAGGCUAGUACAAAAACCAACACCUUUAAUGGCUUUACUCAUAAUUCUAUGGAUCCCUAUAGGGUUCCCUUUGGCAUGCUUAAGAAUAGCUGCAGGAUCACUCCUACCAAUGAAAUUUGUCUAUUGUGCCUUCAAAGCACUUGGUGUUCGUGUCAUUGUUAAGGGAACACCACCACCUCCAGUUGAAACAUCCAAAACCAAUCACCAAUCUGGAGUUCUCUUCAUUUGCUCCCAUAGAACCCUACUUGACCCUAUCUUCCUAUCCACCGCCCUCGGCCGCGCUAUUCCAGCCGUUACCUACUCAGUUUCCCGCCUCUCAGAGAUCAUCUCACCGAUUAAAACGGUUAGGCUUAGCCGCGACCGUGCCACAGAUGCUGCCAUGAUCAAGAAACUUUUGCAAGAAGGUGACUUGGCUAUAUGCCCUGAAGGAACAACUUGUAGAGAACCUUUUCUUCUUAGGUUUUCAGCUUUGUUUGCCGAGUUAACCGAUGAGCUUGUACCGGUGGCUAUGGUUAAUAGAAUGAGUAUGUUUCAUGGAACCACAGCUAGAGGGUGGAAAGGAAUGGAUCCUUUUUACUUCUUCAUGAACCCUAGUCCUGUUUAUGAAGUUACAUUCUUGAAUAAGUUGCCUAAGGAGUUGACUUGUGGUUCGGGAAAGACAAGUCAUGAAGUGGCAAAUUAUAUACAAAGGGUGGUAGCUUCAACUUUGUCUUAUGAGUGUACUAGCUUUACUAGGAGGGAUAAGUAUAGAGCACUUGCUGGUAAUGAUGGAACUGUGGUGGAGAAGACUAAUAAAGCCAACAAAGUAAUGGGUUGCUAAUUAAGUUUCAUUUCUUGAAAAUUUUAGUUUCAUAUUUCAAAAUGCAAAAGUAGGGAUCAAGUUCAAUUUAUAAACG